AUGGUCAACCGACCCCCCGGUCCUUGUCCAAACCUGCAUGAGCCUCGUUCAACCAUCCAACCACGAAUCGUCGUUUACCGCAACGGGAAACUGUCGGCAACAUCUCUUUGCAUCUCGGAGCUUCGCCGUGGAUACUCAACUACCCUGCUUGCGUACAUUCGCGUCUGCUUUUCGCAUCUCGGACUUGGUGCCAAUGCGAGUCGUCCUGUGGCCAUUAUCACGAACAAGGCUUCGCUCCCACUAAAAGAAAUCUUGCCCAAGGUCCAUUAUCCAACCUCUAGUCCACCAUUACCCGCAUUGACUAUGAGGUGUUUGCUAGCGAAGUCCGUAAUAGCCUCCGGCAACAUAGAGCCGAGCACUAGGUCGUCGAUUUGCCCCCCCGCGGAUCACGCUCCUACCGACACGGACGGCCAACUGAUGAAGAGUAUUUCUCCAUCAUCUGCAAUAAUGGCGUGUAUUUACAUGUCAAUCGCCCCAAUGCCCAUUGCUAGCCUCGUCGCAAACUCAGUUCCUCUUCCGUUGGCUGCGGAGUCCGCCAAUCAGUAUGACUACUAUAUCCGUACGGAUACAUACUCUCUCUCGUAUGCGUUCGUUCAAACACAUAUUAUAUGCAACAUCUCUUAUCCCCCCAUAAUCCCACGUUUCGGGUUCUCGGAUAUCGGCAUUACAGAAACCUGGUUUGAGUUGCUCCAUGCUUUUGGUCGUUCUCUGCUUUCCUCUCCCAUCUUACUCAGCUGCCGCGCGCGCAAGCCGGACGUAUGCGAGUGUGGUUACCCCACGUACGAAUUACCGUCGACAGCGUUGCACCGAACCCUGGAAAAAGAAGACGGGAUAAGCAUGUUUAGUUUGUCGAUGCAGGCAUGCAUGCAUGCACUUGGACCUACGCGCGCGCGCAAUCAAGAAAAGCAAUCGUUCCGUAGCCUAAAAGGGUCCUGCUGGGUUCACCUUGGAUGCAUUCUUGCAUCCUCCUGGACAUCGGUUGACGCGGAUUUAACAGCAGAGGUACCCGGUGCACGGCGCGCAAUGGGGGCCACGGGACAGACCACACUAGGAACGAUCGUCCAAGCCCAACAUCUGCACCCCCCCUCCUCCCCCCCGCGUACAUGGCCGAAAGCAAAGACGCAAGCCGCAUGGUGCGCGUGCGUUGUUGUCUCUGCCCCUCCAAGCCAAGGUGUGCGCCUCAGCGGCAAGACACGCAUGUUCAGCCUCUUGGCUUUGGCUACUGGCCGCCGUGGGCUGAGCCGCUGA